AUGAUCGAAGCACUCUAUAUGACUUGGGAGAUCCUGGCUGCUGCCAAGCUGGAGAUCGGCGUGUUCUUCCUGGCGGCUCUCCUUCACUUCUUGCUCUUCAGUAACCGCGCGCCGGUGAAACUGAGCUCCAAGGCCAAGUUGGAUGUGGAGAAGUCUGAGAAGAACAAUGAGAAGACGGCAGAAAAGACCACGAUUGCACGCGCGUUGCGGCCGAUGCUCCGUUCAGGAACCUCCAAGGCGACCUUCGAGGCCGAGCUGCGCGCGACCUUGACGAAGGUGCCGGCGAGCGAGCGGCAGAAGACGCUGGCCACCGCGCUGGAGAGCUUAGGACGUCAAGUGGAGCCCGAGCUCCUCAGCGCCAUGCGCUCCGUGACUGGAGCGGUCACCGAGCUGCGCCUGGCGGAGCAGCUGCUCCGGGGCUACUUGUCGGUGCGCAGCCGCACAGACUUUGAAGAGCUGCUGCGCGACGUGGAGAAGGCGCAGACGCAGAAAGGCGAGCUGCUGCCCAAUGGCAUCGCGGUUUUGGCGGUGCAGUUCGCCUUGGCAGGGGAGAACUUGGAGGCUGCGUUGGCACGCCUUCCAGGCAUUGCCGGUGAAGCACGCACCACGAACGGAAGCACGAAGUCCAAUUGGGAGUUGUUGGACAAGGUGAUGACCGAGUUUUUGCCUUUGAUCGACGACCCCCACGCGAUCCACGUGUGCUUCCACCGCAUCCUCGAUACGCUGGUGAAGAGCGAUUCCACACACGCUUGGGAGGUUCUGAAGCGGAUGGAGGCGGCCAAGGUGCCUCCAAACAAUGUGACCUGUUCCAUCCUGCUGAAAGGCGUUCACAAAGAGAUGAAGGAGGACUACUUGAAGAAAGUCAUGGCAGUCAUUGACAACCGAGCGGUCAAGGAGAUGGAUGAGGUGCUCUUGGGCUCCCUCUACGAGGCUUGCAUUCGAUGUGGCCAGGUGAAGAAGCUGCUGAACUACGUGCAGAAGCUCCGCGAGGAGAGUGGAUUGGUCACCAUUCGCAGCGCUCACACCGUAGGAUCCAUCAUCCGUGCCCAUGGAGUCAAUGAGGACCUGGACGGUGUUUGGACCACUUGGAACAACAUGAAAUCACAGGGAGUGGUGCCCAGCCGGAUUACUCUUGGAUGCAUGGUCGAAGCAUUGGCUUCCAACAACGAUGCUGAUGGUGCGUAUGAGGUGAUUCAAGAGGCGCUGGCCGAUCCGCAGACCGCGAACUUGGUGAAUGCUGUAACCUAUUCCUCAGUGCUGAAGAGCUUCAACCACCAGAAACGCUUCCACCGAGUCUGGGACGUUUAUGACGAGAUGAUCCGCCAGAAGGUGGAGUUCUCCGUGACGACCUACAAUGCUUUGCUGGACGUGUGCGCUCGCAGCGGAGAGAUCGCCCGUGCCGAGCCCCUUCUGAAGGACAUGGCCCAGCAAGGUAUCUCACCCAACAUCAUCACUUACGGGACCGUGAUCAAGGCCUAUUGCUCCGCGAAUCGCUUGGACCAGGCCUUCGCCGUUCUCUCCGAGAUGCAGGCGAAUACCGAUCUUCACCCCGAUGAAGUGACGUACAACACACUCCUGGACGGCUGCGCACGGUAUGGCCUCUUUGAUCGUGGGCUGGAAGUGCUAGCAGACAUGAGGAGAGCUGGCGUUGCACCGAGCAAUUACACCUUGUCGGUGAUCGCCAAGUUGGCCAAUCGAAGCAAGAAGCCCAAGAUGGCCUUUGAAAUGGUGGAGGAUUUGCGCAAUGAGUUUGGAAUCAAGCUCAACAUGCACGUCUACAACAAUCUCAUCCAUGCUGCGACCUGUGACAAUGACAUGGCCAAAGCACAGGAGACCUUUGCGACGAUGCUGGGCCACAGGGUGCGGCCCGACGGGAGAUCCUACACUUUGCUCCUGCGAUUCUGCGUCACCCGCAAGUCGCACGUGCCAGCGGUGGCCCUGUUGCGUACAGCCAUCGGUUUGCAGACCGACUCGCUGCAGACCGAGUCCUUGCACCCAGCGCUGUGCAAGGUUCUUAUGACGUCGAUCUCCUGGGCCAGCGCACCCUUGCGUGGCAACAGCGCCUUGCAAGAGGAGGUGAUCCACGACGUCUUGGACUUCCUGUCGCGAAACCAAAGCGCCUUGAGAUCUGAUUUCUGCAGUUUGCCACAGCUCACGGCAGAGGUGCAGAAGGCGGUGCCAUCGCUGAAGCUGCCGAAAUCCACCAGUAACAGGAUCUUCAGCUAG